UUAUUAUUUUUUGAUUUUUAAAUAUUAUAUUAAAUAUUUAGCUUUAGGCUUUAGCCAAGUUUCCAAGUAUCUGAGAAUCGAACUAUCGAGUUAAUAAACAUUUUAAAUUAUUAUUUGAAAAUUGUAAUUAGUACUAAUAACUAAUAUUGUUAUAGUGUUAAUAAUUCACAUUAGCAAUGAAACAUUUAAAAUUCAUUUCGAGGACUGUGUUGGUGCGGAAUGAAAAUGUGGACGAAGCCUGUCGUGUUCUGAACCGUAUAAUGGGUUCUGAAGGUUUCUUGGAUCAGUACAGAAGAACAAUGUUCUAUGAAAAACCAACGCAAAUGAGAAGGAGAAUUAAUUACGAGAAAUGUAAAGCUAUAUACGAUGAAGACAUGAAGCGCAAGAUAAAUUUUGUUCUACGCAAAAACCGACCUGAGCCUUUUCCUGGAUGUUAUUAAUUAAGUUUAGUACAAAUUAUUUUUUCACAUGUCUUAACAUACAAUAUUGUUAGCAUAAUUCUUGUAAUAUUAUACACUAUUAUACUCAUAAUAUCUUGUAUAUUUGAAAUUCAAUAUAGGUAGUUAUUUUGAUUGAUAUUGAAGUUAUUUAAAGUAGAUAUAGAUAGUAUGUAAGCCACUAUUUAUGUGUGGAAAAUAUAAUAUUUUUUAUUGUAAA